ACCACAUCUCGAAACACAAGGCACCUAGGUGCAACGAGGGCUAACGCACCGACAGCCUGUUCGUUCUGGAGCAUGGUGGCCCUUCUUCCAACACAAGCUGCCGACUUCCUUGCACCUAUGGCAGCGUCUCAUUUUCGACGUCUUAAUUGCAGCUGCAGGGCAUACAGGGAUGGGCGGUUUAAGCGCGAAUUGCGGGUUCAGAGCAGGAUGGAGCUAUCCGGAUGCCAAAUGAACCAGUCAUGAAAAGUCUGAGAAGCCCCACGUCGAAAACCCUGAGAUGGAGAAAACUGUCCCUUUGGAACGAGCAGCAGAUGAUCUAUGGUUGAAGUCGCAACUGCCGGCCCCAAUGCUCCCAGUCGUCAUCAUCGGGGGCGGCCCUAUCGGGCUUGUAUCGUCUAUCUUGCUGUCGCUGCAAGACAUACCUCAUUGCGUCUUCGAACAAUUCCCAGGAACGUCAAUCCAUCCCAAAGCAUGUGGACUGAAUCAACGGACCAUAGAGAUCUUUCGACAGCUCGGAGUCGAAGAAGAGGUCAAAAAGCACAGAGCACCGCUGGACUCCGUUAGUAAGACGGCAUGGUACACCAAUCUCGGUCCCAAUGGAUGCGAGAUCUAUAGCCGAGAGGCAUGGGGUGGAGGACGGUAUCGCGAUGAACACGAGCGUGCGAGCCCUGUUCAGUACAGUAUUUUGGCCCAGAUACGCCUCGAACCGAUACUCCAGAGACGGGCACUGCAGCUGAACCCUGGCGGGAUCCGAUAUAACACAAAAGUCAUCGAAGUCGAAGAAAAGCAGGAUCGAGUCGUGGUGACCGUGCAACGGAAGGAUGGAGCGAGCGAGCAGAUCGAGGCAAGCUAUGUCCUUGGCGCUGACGGCGGCAGAGGGCUGGCAGAAAGUCUGGGGAUUGAGUGGCAAGGAGAGCACGAUAUUGUCGAUAUGGUCACUGCUCACUUCAAGGCUGAUAUCACUUCUACCCAUCCUGACAAGAGGGUGUUCAUCUCGUGGAUCAUGAAUCCCAAGCUCAAAGGUAGCCUGGGCGGUGGCUACCUAUACCAUCUAGGUCCUUAUUAUCCAGCGUGGGAACCACACGCUGAGUGGGUCUAUGCUGCACCAAAACAUCCUGAUGAUCCGGAGAAGUUCGAUGCCCAAUCCAUGACUCAGCGGAUCAAGACCAGUCUCGAGCUGCCUGAUCUUGAUAUCGACCUGCUGAGUCUCAGUCAUUGGAUGGUCAAUGCCAGGAUUACAAAUCGCUAUCGCAGCCAAGGUGGUCGUGUCUUCCUGAUUGGGGACGCCUGCCAUCGCGUGCCACCUUGGGGUGCUCUUGGAAUGAACACUGGUAUUCAAGAUGCUCACAAUCUGAUUUGGAAAUUGGCACUCGCAACCAAGUCGGGUUCACCGAGUACUUACAAUGCACUGCUCGACACGUACCAGGAAGAACGCCGACCAAUUGCGCAGCGAGUUGCAACGAAUAGUCUGCACAACAUGCGGAAUCAUAGCAACAUUAUGGACAGUGCCGUGGGAAUCACUGCUGACACGUCUACGGAGGAGAAUUUUGAUGCUCUGGACGCUUUCUUCGAUUCAAGGCGUCCAGAACACCAUGCGAAGAGAGAAGCGGUGAGAAAAGCAGGCGAAAUUCUCGACUUGGAGUUUCAUGCGCCAGGAAUCGAAAUAGGCUGGUUCUACCCUUCAGCUGACAUCAACAACGAGGGCGCCAAAAGCCGACAUGGUGGCCAACUUCUUAAAGACGGCUCUUUUAAUAUUACGGCUUAUCAUCCGUCCACGAUUCCCGGCCACCACUUACCUCAUGCCUAUCUUCAACGCAAAGACGAGGUUAUCUCCACGCGAGAUCUUGUGAAGCUUGACCGCUUCGUGCUCCUGACGCAAACUGACGGCCUCUGGGACGAAGUUAGAAGUCAUAAUGUUGAGGUCGAGGUCAUUGAUGGGAAGAACAAUUGGACAGACCGUGACGCCAGCUGGGCAGGUCUAUGUGGGGUUGGGAAGGAUGGAGCAGUUCUUGUGCGACCUGAUGGCGUUGUGGCAUGGAGAUCCACUAAAUUCGAACCCGAGGCUCUACAUGGCUUCCCAGCAUUGCUCAAAGCAAUUUUGAAGCAGGAUAUGCCGCAGCCCGUAUUGUGAUGGCAUCACAAUGAGAAGUUACGCCUCUAGUGUCCAACCUUCCAUGUCCGGAAGCCUAAGGGAGUAUCGCAUCUGCAAGAUUUGCCACUGCAGCAAGAAGGGCCACAUCCUCCUCUUGUCGGCUGAAGAUCGACCUCCCCGUGCCAUUGCCCCCGCUGGCGUCUGACGAGAUCUUAUAUCCGUAUAAUGGGAGAUCUGGCUCGCAAAUAGUGCCAGGAGCGGGCAGGAUACCCUCAUUGAAGUAUGCCCGAAUCGUAUUUGCAGUGCAAAGAGAAGGCUGUGCACCUGAGGUAUGCUGUUAGGGCGUUAGCCAGGUUAUCUAGUCUCCCGGAGAGUCGAAGUACUUACCCCGUAGCCAUUGUGCUGCAACACGACACUGCCAUCGAAGCCGGCACUUGUGUUCCUUGCCGACGCAAGAGGUGUGACAGGGUCAUAGGUAUUGCCGACAAGGAGGAUCUGAUUCUUGGUCUUGAUCUGGAAGCUGCCAGAGUAAAUCUCCUUUGCCUUUUCUUUCCACGUUGAGCACGCAAAGGCAUUAUCGGUGCCAAAGUCGAGGCCUCCAAACUUGCUUGACUCGCUCAAGGCCGUCAAGAGGGGCUCAAGCUCAAAGAGUGCCCUAGCGCGGAAUGCUUGGUCGCCGCAAGUGAUUGCAGCACCGACAUGAUCGUCGUUAUCAUCUGGAUCGUACCAGUGCGAAACCGCGUCGAAGAACCCAGCGAGGUUUCCGGAAAACAUCUCUGCAAACCCUUGCGCUAGCCACGGCCAAUGCGAUGGGUUGUACAGUGCCAGAAGGAUGGCUGUUUUGACCUUAUCGUAAGUGGCCAUCUGGAAACCUUGCUCCG